CCAACAUUUGCAGUGCAGUGAAUAUCUCUGAGACUGGAAUAUAGGUGGGCGGCUUCGCCGCUCGACUUGUCUGUGAUGUAUAAACCAGGCUGGUCCAAGGCUGGCCACGAGCUCAGGUGGGCGCUAGUUUCACGCUUGUAAUUCGGCACUUGCACUGCCACGCCAGGCCCAGUUGUCGUGUUGGAGGUGAGAUAUACUUAUUGCCCAGUUCCGCCCUUUUUUCGCUGCUUUCAACAUGGGUUGCUGUGGAGAGUCAAUCAGUGCUCCUGACACUCAGUAUGCCAACAGAGUGCAACCAGUGAACAAUGGUAUCAUUAGCCAGCAGCCCGCUUUCACCAGAACAACCAGGUCGAUAAAUGGCACUCCUUGGUCUCACACACCCUCACCACCUCCCCAAGGCCCGACCUAUUCAACUCCUUUGAGUCCAAACCUUGGACGUGCACCAUUGACACCACCCCCAGCUACGUAUAUUCCUUCAGGGCCGUCAAAUUCUGCUGCUGGGAGAAUGUCGAUUUCUAUCGACUUUGGAACUACCUUUUCUGGUGUUGCAUAUGCCUCCUCUCGAAUUGCGUCCGGGAAGAUACAGCAAAUUCUUCAUUGGCCCGGAUCUUUUGAAACUUUCCGCAAGGUACCCACGUGCUUGCUGUACGAUGAACAUGGUCAAGUUCUUGCUUGGGGACUAGAAGCGAAGAACGCCAGUUCCAUGCCCGGUACUACGCGAUGUGAAUGGUGGGGUCUUUAUAAUGGGCCAAAAUUAUCUGAUUCAGAUACUUCAUUCAAGCCUGGUAAAACAGCGAUGGAUUUGAUUAUUGACUUCUUAUCGUGUCUGUGGGAAUACGCUAAAGAGCAAAUUACCCGUGACAUUGGAGCUGUCGCAGAUCUCAACUCGGCUGAUGUCCUCGUGACGUGCCCGGCAGCUUGGGACGCUAAAGGAUGCGACAUGAUGCGCGAAGCUGCCAUUUCCGCAAGCCUCGUGCAAUCGGCUCAUGCAGGUGAUGGUAACUGGCGCGACAGGCUGCGUAUUAUCACCGAACCAGAGGCCGCGGCUGUCCACUGUGCCAGACUUACGGACUUGCACAAGCUCAAGCCCAACCAGAAUUUUAUGAUAUGUGACGCUGGUGGUGGUACAGUCGACCUUGCCGUCUACAAAAUCAUUGGGCAAAUGUCUAACCUCGAGAUCGCCGAGAUGUGUGCUCGAUCUGGAGCCAAUUGCGGUUCCCUUUUCCUCGAUUUGCGAUUCCGAGAGCUCGUAAAAACUCUUUUAGCUGACCAUCCUGCUCAUUUGGACGCCGCUAGUCUCGCCUAUUUUAUGCAUUCUUUCAGCCAAACCGAUAAGCUCGCAUUUAGGGGCGAGAGUGAUGAUGACACAUACUUCAACUUCACAUGUUUCAAUGUGCAGGAUCCCCACGAUUCUUCUGUUGGACUGAUCAAUGGAGAACUCGCAAUUCCAGGGAAUCUCAUUCGUCGAGAGGUCUUUGAUCCCGUUGUAAAUCAGGUACUCGAAAUGAUCGAAGAACAAUCGAAGAAGGUAGAGCAGCAUAUCGACGCCCUGCUUCUCGUGGGAGGCUUCGCUGGCAGCGAAUACCUCAUUAGACGAGUCGAGGCGCAAUUUUCGGGGAGAAUCAAGGUCAUCGCUCGCCCUUCUGACGCCGACACGGCUACAGUGCGAGGUGCCGCACUGUACGGACUUUCUCGCAAAUCAAUUGUAUCCACUGUGAUAGCUCCACGGUCCUACAUUAUGAAAGUGAAGCUACCCGCCGAACCAGAGGAUUGGGCCAAACGCCCUGCAUACAUCAAAGAGAACAAUGCGAACGUUCCUAUUUGUGACAACCGUUUACAAUACUUGGUCAUGAAGGGUGCUAUCCUGCGAAAAGGCCAAAUAUUGAGGACGAAAUUUUGCAAGUUCUCACAGAAUGGACAGGAUUGUAUCUUCGUAGCUGUGUUGUAUACUUCCGACUCGGACAAGAUGAUGCGAUACACUGAUGAGGGCGAAACCAUCGAGCUCUGUAGAUGGACUGUUAAUCUAAAUUCUCUGCCGACAUUUCAACAGAAUGCCAGCAUACCGCAGCCAAAUGGCUUCUUCACAGGCUUUGCAGAAGUCCGGGGUGUUUUGUUUUACGAGGGGCAGGAAUGGAGUCGAGUUGUUUUUGAUUUUCUCAAUUGAUUGGCAUGGUGACUAUACUGGCUUUGCUUGAAGCCAGAGUAUUAUUAAUGUUGACUUGUUCCUGGUGAUGACAUAAAAACGUUUGACUGGAA